CUGACUUGUGGUAUUCUCGCUAGCCAUAACAAGAAAAGUUCCAGCUGACUUUUCGCUAUACUUGUGUUGACAAUUAGCUGUUUUUUGGUAUUUAGUAGUUAUUAGGCGUGUAUAAUUAUUUCAAGAAUGAAGGUGCGGUGUUUUGUUACCUUGCUGUGCCUCACGGUGGGUGGUAGAGCAGGGAAAUACUCCCGGGAAAUUAACGAGCCCAAACCGACUAGCAAUGAUGGGAAGACGGUAGAAUUCAGGAUAGCCAAAUUGAACCAAGUGUGGGAAAAAGCCAUCAGGAUGCAGAUGUCCCCGGUGCACCAGGCGGAGUUGCACAGUGACCUGAAAAUCCAUGAGAAAGAUGAGCUGCAGUGGAAGAAGAUGAAAGUUGAAGGACUGGAUGAGAACGGAGAGAAAGAGGCUCAGCUCCGCCGCAACUUCAAUGUAAUUCUGGCCAAGUAUGGGAUGGACGGAAAGAGGGACACACGGCCACUGGAGAGCAACUUCCUGAAGGACCAUGACACCAAGGAGGGAGACAUAUUUGAUGAUCCCAGGCUAGACAAACUCUGGAACAAGGCAAAGAAUUCAGGGAAGUUCUCCCAGGAAGAGUUGCUGAGCCUGAAGAGAGAGUUCCAGCACCAUAAAGAUAAGAUCCAUGAGUACAACAUUGUUAUGGAUACUGUCAGCAGGACUGAGGAGAUACAUAAAAAUGUGGUCUCCCCAUUGGAGGGUGAGGGUAAAGAGCAUUUGCUGCAUCAGAAACACACAGAGCUGAAGCAGAAGAUGAGGGACCUCAACCAGGGUUUUGAGCGCCUACGCAAGCUAAGCCAUGAGGGCUUUAGUGAAGACAGUGGUGAGGGAGCAAAGUUCAGGGAGCCUCGUGUGAUUGAGCUGUGGGAGGCUGCCAAAAGAGCCAACCUUAGUGACGAUGAGCUGGACUCUCUUAAGGAGGAGCUGCAUCACUUUGAGACCAAGGUAGAGAAGCACGUCCACUACCAGGAACAACUGGAGUUGUCCCACCAGAAGCUUCGGCAUGUGGAGGCUUUGGGAGACGAGGAGCACAUUAAGAGGAACCAGGAGAAGUACAUCGCACUGUCUGAGAAGACCAGGGAGAUGGGCUACAAGAUGAAGAAACACAUGCAGGACCUGACGAACAAGAUCUCCCGCCAGGGACUCGACCACAACGAACUCUGAGAGACUCGGCUCAUCCUCCCCAUCUGAGUCAACUACCAGACUGUAGCUCCCUCACUGCAAUUACACACACAGUACUUUCUCCACCACAUAAUAACUGCUGUGAAAUAAUCAGUGUUUUCCCAUGUAAGUUUUUAUAAUGAUUUACUAUGUUAAAUUGCAUUAUCAUGAAGUGUUUGAUUAUUUGAUGAAUGAUUUGUGCACAAACAUGUCUGUUUACUUUAGAGCUAGAUGAUAUUUGUACAUUAUGUGAAUAAUAGAUGGCUUUUUAUAAAUUAGCUGGUCAGGAAAAUGCAAGUACUCUUUUAAUUUUUCAGUUCAUUCAGAUUUUCACUGUGUAGUUUAAGAUCAAAUGGUAUAACCCAGUUUAAAGAACGACCAAGACGGUCAUUUUGACCAUUUUGGAUUUUCAAAGUUUAAUAAUUUUGUGGGAAAAAAAGCACAGAUUUGCUGCUCCCCAAAUUCUCGUAAAUUGCAUAUAUUUGCAUUUAAAAUGAGUUUUAGAUCAAUUGCACAAAAAAGUUAUAAGAUCUACCUAAAAUGACCAUGAGCAGUCAAAAUGACUGCUUUGUAAUUUGCACGUGAUUGUGUGCGUCAUACGUGUGUCGGUCGCAUCGUUUCCUUCGCGAAAUUCAUUGCUCUAUCCUAGAAAAAAACUAGCAUCCUCCAGUGCAGAGAAAUCGUCUAAACUUGAUUAUUUCCAACAUGUCUGGGUACAGACGCACCAUAACUACCACUGGCAUGUUGUAGUAUUUGUUUGGGACUGUUUCAAUAUUUAUUUUCAGUUCUUUUUUUACAUUUCAUAUUUUAUAGGCCUUGUUAUGUUUGUUAGAUAAGCAAUAUGUGUUUUCCGUUUGGUUUUUCAGGUAAAAUUUUCACUUUU